UUAUGGAGGGCAAUAUUUAAAGCUUUUCCAAAAAAACAAAAUGAGACUAUUAAAUGGUCCAAGAGCGUUUUAGAAUUGUAGAAGAAGCUAAAAAUGGAGGUACAAGAAGAAAAUCCGAGUAUUGAGUCACCAUUAUUAAUCUCUGAAGGUGGAAGAUUGUUAGAACAAAAACACAGAUUUACAGCAGAUGAAUUUUUCAUAGAACUGAAAAAGCAGCUCAACUUGGCUGGUCCUCUUGUCUCAGUAAAUUUCUUGAUAUAUCUUUUGCAAGUCAUUUCAGUUAUGUUUGUUGGUCAUCUUGGUGAGCUUUCACUUGCGGGUGCUUCUAUGGCCACGUCUUUUGCUUCGGUUACUGGCUUCAGCUUGUUGAAAGGAAUGGCAAGUGGAUUAGAUACAUUCUGUGGUCAGUCUUAUGGAGCAAAGCAAUAUCAUAUGCUUGGUAUACACUUACAGAGGGCAAUGAUUGUUCUACUACUAGUCAGCAUUCCUCUUGCCUUUAUAUGGGCAAACGCAGGCGAGAUUCUUCUGUUCUUCCGGCAAGAUCCAGAAAUAUCAGCUGAGGCAGGACGCUAUGCUCAUUUUAUGAUUCCUUCAAUUUUCGCUUUCGCCAUCCAAGAAUGUCUUGUCAGAUUCCUGCAGACACAAAACAAUGUGGUUCCAAUGAUGAUUUGCUCAGGAUUUACAACUUUGCUUCACAUUUUCAUUUGUUGGAUUCUUGUUUUCAAAUCAGGACUUGGAAAUAAAGGUGCUGCUUUGGCAAAUGCUAUUUCUUAUUGGAUUUAUGCAAUCUUAUUAAUACUUUAUGUCAGCAUAUCCCCUUCAUGUAAGAAGACUUGGACUGGCUUUUCUAAACAAGCCCUUCAUGGAAUUCCUAAAUAUCUUAAACUGGCAAUUCCUUCUGCUGUAAUGCUCAGCUUGGAGACUUGGUCAUUCGAGAUGAUGGUUCUGUUAUCUGGUCUUCUUCCUAAUCCAAAACUUGAAACAUCAGUCCUAUCUAUAAGUCUUAACACAUCUUCAAUGGCAUUCAUGAUACCCUUAGGACUCGGUGGAGUUAUAAGUACAAGAGUAUCAAAUGAACUUGGUGCUGGAAAACCAAGAGCAGCUAGGCAAUCAGUAUGCGUUGCGAUAUUUAUGGUUGCUACGGCAGGUAUUGCAAUGUCCAGCACACUGAUAGUAGGGCGUAAUAUGUGGGGCUAUUUGUACAGUACGGAAGAACGAGUAGUCCAAUACGUGGGCCAAAUGCUCAUAUUUGUUGCUGCUACUCAUUUUUUGGAUGGCAUUCAGAGUGUUCUUUCAGGAACUUGUAGAGGAUGUGGAUGGCAAAAGCUUGGAGCUAUAAUUAAUUUGGGAGCUUACUAUCUUAUAGGCAUUCCUUGUUCCAUAUUAUUUGCUUUUGUGUACAACUUUGGAGGAAAGGGGCUCUGGACUGGACUUAUAGUUGCAUUACUUGUACAAUCACUGGGUCUGUCAACCGUAACUCUCACCACCAAUUGGGAAAAAGAAUCAAAGAAGGCUAAAGACAGAGUCUACAACAGCAACAAUGUUACAUUUAUUCCUGAAGAAAUCAGAAGUUGAGCGUUUACAAGUGAACAGUCCGAUAAUAAUAAAAUAAAUCAGAAGUUGUCAGGUGCCUUGAAAAAUACUUGCGUUGUUAACGAAACGCUAUACUCCCUCGGUCCCAAAAAAAAAAAAUUAAAAUGAAAAAUCGGUCAGUUCAAUUAA